CGCGGCAGGAGGGAAGGGGAAUAAGUGCUUGACCUUGACUUUUGCAGACCCCCUUCCUGUCUACCCAGAACCCUGGCCGCCUCAUCCCCGAGGCUCGCCACCGGCUCCUACUGGCCUGAUGUCUUCCGUCAAACUGUGGCCCAACGGUGCCUCUGCCCCACUGGUGGCUCUUGAGGAACUGGAGAAGACCGCGUUCAUUGGCCAAGGCGGCUUCGGCGCCGUGUUCCGGGCGCAGCAUCGGAAGUGGGGCUAUGAUGUGGCUGUCAAGAUCGUGAACUCGGAGAAGAUAUCCAGGGAGGUGAAGGCCAUGGCUGGUCUCCGUAACCAGCACGUGCUGCUCCUGCUGGGGGUCACGGAGAACCUGGAGUGGGACAAUGUGUGCGGACCGGCGCUGGUGACCCAGUUCAUGGAGAAUGGCUCACUGGCAGAGCUGCUGCAGCCCCAGUGUCCCCGGGUCUGGCCACUUCUCUGCCGCCUGCUGCACGAAGUGGUGCUCGGAAUGUGUUACCUGCACAGCCUGAACCCGGUACUAUUGCACCGGGACCUCAAGCCCUCCAAUGUUCUGCUGGACUCGGAAUUCCACGCCAAGUUGGCAGAUUUUGGCCUGUCCACAUUCCAGGGAAGUUCACAGUCAGGGGUAGGGUCCAGUGAGCCACGGGGCACCCUGAACUACUUGGCCCCGGAGCUGUUAGCUGAUGUAAACCGGAAGGCCUCUAUGGCCAGUGAUGUCUACAGCUUUGGGAUCCUAAUGUGGGCAGUGCUGGCUGGAAGAGAACCUGAGUGGGUGGGUCCCACGUCCCUGCUGCAGGAAGCCCUGUGUGAGAGGCACAACCAUCCUCCACUGAACGAGAUACCAGCCUCCGGCCCGGAGACUCCCGGCCUGGAGGAACUAAAAGAGCUGCUACAGCGCUGCUGGAGCCACGAGCCUGGAGAACGGCCCUCCUUCCAAGAAUGCCAGCCAGAAACCCACAACACCUUUCGUUCGGUGCAGGACAAAUUGGACACUGCUGUCUCAAUGGUGAAGGCAUUUCUCUCUGAGCAAAGGAGGCUACCUACGCCACAGCCAGGCUCAGGAGGGACACAAAUGGGCAAGCCCUGGGGGACCACGGGAAAUCAGUGCUCCAUGAUUUAUGAGCUGGGUAGCCUGACUCUGGAGGAGCCACUUACCUCGAAGCUUGAAGCCUACGCCAGCCUUGCCACAAGGGAACAAGAACAGGCUUGGCCGCCCCAGACAGCAGGGACGUCUCUGGACCCAAUGGUCCAGCCAUCCCAAACCCCAGACAAGCCAAACUCCAGUGGGACUGAGCCCCCAGACCUGCACCCCCAAGGACAGCAGGAACACCACAUGUUCUCCAGGAACCCAAGGGCAUAUCCAAGAGCAGGGGCGCCGUGUAUUAUCUUAGACAACUGUUCUGCAGUGCAGAUUGGAGACAAAAACACACUGACUAUACAACAGACAACACCCUUGCCCAAACAGGGCUCCACACCCUCCCACAUGGGUAGGGGCUGGCAGCAUCCUCACAACUAGAUCAAAAGAAAGCCAGAAGCUGAAGGCUGGAGUGUAUGUUGUAGUGCAACAGGUUAAGCCACCAGUUCGAGUCCUGGCUGCUCCACUUCCGAGGCUGCC